AUGAAGGAAAUAAUCGAUAGUCAUCAGCUACGACUCCGAUAUCAAAAAUCCAUACUUUGUGAUAUUUCGAAGAACGCCAAUGGAAACAAAUUUGAUGAAUUCCAAAAGGUUCUCCUCGAGGAGUUUGAAGAGUUUGGAAGAAACGGAUUUGGGAGAGAAAAGGAGAUAUCUGCGAUAAACACGUUUGAGUUUGAGGAGAAGGAGUGUGAGUACGGCAGUUUCCCCAAAGGGGUGUUACUCGCGAUGAAAACGACCGUUGGAUUUGCUCUUGAGAAAAGUGACAUGUUUUGGAAGUUUAAAAUUAACGCCGCCGUCGAACAUAUUAAAAAAGAGGUGGUCGAGAAGAACGAGAAUUACUUUGGGAAGAUCAUCACAAAGUAUUUUUUGGAGAACACUAAUCGCGUUUUUGCGAAGUGCGCGCCAAGUAAAACGUUUAUGACAAAAUUGAAUGAAGAGGAAAAGAAAAGACAUUUGGAAGCGGCAAAGAAAUUGACUCAAGAAGAGAUCAAUACCGUCGUGAAAGACUCAGAAGAAUUAAAGAAACAGCAAACAAAAGAAGACUCAGAGGAGCAGAAGAAAACGAUUCCAACACUGCAACUUAAAGAUUUAUCAAAAAGAGGAACGGACUAUUCUUUGGAGCAAAUGAACAGCGAAAACAUCGAGAAGAUCUUUUAUAAAGAAAACUCGACGAAUGGCAUUUUCUAUUUCAGUUUAUGUUUCGAUUUGAAAGAAUGCACGUUGGACGAACUCUGCACGGCAAAUUUACUUGGGAAGUUACUCAAAAGUUUCGACACGGAGAAACACAAUUUCAUCGACUUAAACACAUUGAUUGAAAGGUACUUUGGAAGACUUGUUUGCACCAUUCAAUCGACGUCUAAUAAGCGAUUUGGAACUGAAAGUGCUGAAAUGAAGAAAGUGGUUCCUUAUUUAGAAAUUACUGGGAAGCUCCUCUACUCAAACAUGAAAGAGGCGAUUGAGGUUUUGGGAGAGAUGAUGAGCCAAAUCAAAUUUGAUAAAAAAACACUUGAAAAGAAGUUAAAGACAGUCGUGUCUGAUGCGGAAAAUAGAAUGAAAAAUCAACCAGCAAGUCUUCUUGUUAUGAGAAGUUCGUCGUAUAUGACUGGGUCUGGAUAUGUACAAGAUUACACCAAUGGUUUAGCGAGUUAUCGAAAGUUCAAGUACUACUCAGACAACUUUGAAACGAUUGGAGACACUUUACUGGCUAAACUUCAAUCAAUCUAUUCAUCUGUUUUUAACAAAGAAAAGUGCACGGUGUACUUUUCAUGUGAGAAACAGAACAAAGAAGAUACCAUUAAGACAUUCAUGAACAUCGCAAACGUUAUGAAAACACCAGAAACUAUUGAGAAAAUGAGUAUUCCAAAUUAUGAACAAAGUUGCGAGGGUUUUGAAAGACAAAAGAUCAGCGAAAUUGAUUUUACAACACUUUUGAAAGCAAAGAACGAGGCUCUUGUCUUCCCAGUGAAGAACAAUUACGUCGCUUUAAGUUUCAAUUUUGCAGACUUGAAGUUUAAGUUGGAUUCUUCAUUUAAAGCGCUCUGUGAAAUCACUGAGAAACUCUUCUUGUGGGACAAAGUGAGAGUCGAAGGCGGUACUUAUGGUGUUUACGCGUUGUAUCAAGCAGACGGAGUGUUUGUGUUCUACUCAUACCGAGACCCUCACAUUUUCGAGACACUUGACAUCUACAAACAAAUUCCCGAACUCAUUGAACACUUCAGUUUGGAUGAGAAGAUCCUCGAGAACUAUUUGAUUGGUAUUUUUGCUGAUAUUGACAAGCCACGAAAUGCAGAGACGUUGCUCCAAUUCAGUAAGACCUUCCACCAAGAAAACACAAUUGAAAAUUAUAAGGAAAUCAGAGAAAACAUGUUUAAUGCCACUCCAGAGACUGUGAAGAACACCGUUCAAAUUAUUAAAGAAGGAUUGAAACAUGCUAAUAUCUGUGUUAUCGGAAACGAAGAAAUGAUCCAAAAGAAGGCGGAGAUAUUUGGGGAAGUCGUCCAGGUCUUCAAAAAAUAA